CUCACGUACGUUCGCCAGCCGUCCACAUGACUCGCGCCACUCUACAUUUCCGUGUAAUUCGAUAAUUCACAAUUUGCACCUCCCGUAGCCUUGCGAUCAAACAUCCAGUUGAGCAGGCUUCAUGUGUCAGAAAUUUUGCAAUGCGAUUUCAUGCGCCGCCUCGCUAACAGAAGGUUGCCGUGCCCAAAACAUAAACGAUUGUGAAAUUUUACUUAACUUUUGCAUUUGAACGUUCUAAAAUUCAUACUAUACACUGUAUCUACUCGCCGUUUCAUUACUGUGCCAAUAGUGAUGUGCGACGAGACGAUCCAAAUUUGAAAUCGUGAAAAAUUAUCAUCUGUGCUCAUUCAGUGAUGUUUUGUUUUUAAAAUCAUCCUCUAAAAUGCUGUCUAUGGAUUCGUUGUGGUGCGGUUCAGAGAGUGAGCUGUCCACUCUGAGAAUUUGCAAAAGUGCCGUCGAAAGGACUGAAUACAGACUUUGUAGGCGGAAGACAAGCAAAAGUCUCAUCCCUCAAGGCCUGCUCCAUGCUCCCGAGCCUCAACCUAUUAAGAGUCAUAGGCAACGGAGAUCUGGGACGUGGCCGAGAACAAGGUCCCUGAAUGCCCCAUCUCCCAUACAGCAGUUUGGACCAUGUGGCAGAAUAAUGAAGAAUUCAGCUAUGGUAAUGCAAAUCCAGGAUCCGGCGUCGCAGCGGUUGACCUGGUACAAGCCGCCGCUAACGGUGCUUGUCAUCAAGAAGGUACACGAUGCCACAAUCCUCACACCAUUCGUACAGUUGGUACAUUGGCUGGUUCAUGAUAAAAGCAUGGUAGUGUUUGUGGAGGCAGCAGUGUUAGACGACACCCUGCUGGCAGAGUAUGGGGACUUCACAUCGGUCCGGGAACGGCUCAUGACGUUCAGGGCUGGAACAGACGAUCUCACAGACAAAAUUGACUUCAUUAUAUGCCUGGGAGGAGAUGGAACAUUGCUGCAUGCCAGUUCACUAUUUCAGCAAUCUGUCCCUCCUGUGAUGGCAUUCCACUUAGGUUCCUUGGGUUUUCUCACACCAUUCGAGUUCAACAAUUUCCAGGACCAAGUCUUGAAUGUUUUAGAAGGACACGCGGCGCUAACUCUCCGCUCGCGACUUCAGUGUGUGGUGCUCCGCAAAACCAACGAUCUCACCAAAGACAAAAAGAAACCCACCACAAUUCUGGUACUCAACGAGGUGGUGGUCGACCGCGGACCCUCGCCUUACCUCUCCAAUAUAGACCUGUUUUUGGAUGGGAAGCACAUUACAUCCGUUCAGGGUGAUGGUCUAAUAGUAUCGACGCCGACUGGUAGUACUGCGUACGCUGUAGCAGCCGGCGCCAGCAUGAUCCACCCGUCAGUUCCGGCCAUCAUGGUCACACCCAUCUGUCCGCACUCACUGUCCUUCAGGCCUAUUGUAGUGCCAGCUGGCGUUGAACUCAAGAUCGCACUGUCGCCGGAGGCACGAAACGCAAUGUGGGUAUCGUUCGACGGCAGAAACCGGCAGGCGUUACAGCAUGGAGAUAGUCUGUACGUAACCACGUCAGUAUAUCCGGUUCCGUCUAUAUGCGCUCAAGACCAAAUAUCUGAUUGGUUCGACUCCCUCGCUGAAUGUCUCCACUGGAACGUCAGGAAGAAACAGAAGCAAAUUGACGAGAUGAGCGACAUGACGCACUCCUCAAGUGACACUCUAGAAGAGUUAGACAAUAACCAUCAUGAUGAGAGGCCGGUAGAUACAUGACCUAUAAGAUUGAAAUGUAACAAAUUUACCCCAUUUUUCAUAAAAAUUUCUAACGUCUAAAUAACUUAUUCUAUUGGAGUGUUGGAUCUCUUUCGUUUGAGUUAUUCUAUUCUUAAUUUGAAAUAAUUCAAAACACUCUAAUAGUUGUAUGAAGUUAGCGGUUUAUGAUUAGUACAGGUCAGACUCUAUUUCCUUUGCCUAUUGGUAUUUUUUCUGAGUGGUAAUAUCUUAAUAAAUAUGCACAAAAUUUGUUUUGUGUCAGUUGAAAUGCGAGAUGUAUGAGUGUUCGUGUGUUAUUAAUGAUGAUUUAUGUAAGAAAAAUGAGAUGUGAUUAUUUUGUUCAAAGAUGAUAUUCCCUUGGACAAUAAAAUUAUAUUUCGUUAUGUCUUUCUUGGGAUAUGUUACGUUCCUUUUUGUUUGUUUGUUGUUCUAUAAUAUUAUAAAACUGUUUUCAGUGUCUUAUUUAAAUUUGGAAUGCUCAAUAAAAUUAUAUAAUUGUAAAUCUGGUUGUUUACCAAUUUUAGGUUCUAUCUGAUUUUUUAUUUAAGUAAGUAUUCUAAAUUACCUGAACUGGCAACUUUUUGUAAUAUUUAGAUAUUCCACCAGUUUUAUAUGAAAACGCUUGUGUAUUGUUACUUAA